UGAAACGUUAGUACGAUUGCAAUAUUUUUUGAAGAUGCGCAUUGCUUAUACAGCGAUUCUCGCCAUCCUGGUGUGUGUUCUGAGCAUCGGAAGAUCUGAUCUAGCCUCCAGCCUCCAACAUGAUUUGAAAGAAGCUGCUGUCGAGACUAAAAUCCUCGUCAACAAAGCCGAAGUACAAUCUUUCAUUAAAAUAAUUGAAGCAAUUGAGGCGAAUAAAAUUAUACCUGAAGAGUAUCUUCCAAAGUGGCAUGCAUAUGCUGUUCAGUUAAAAUCUUGGAAUGUUACUAUCGAUGACGAUUAUCAUAAGCCCCUAAGCAGUCUUAUACCUAAUGAGUCAGUAGAGGAAGAUAAUAUAAAAUUAAAUGAAUAUUCGAAUGGUGCCUACUCCAAAAUUCUAUCCGAUCUAUCUAAACUCACCUCUCAAUAUUAUACGGCUUUCCAGAUUAAAGCAUCUAAUAUUAUAAAUGCAGCAAAAGAAUCCGGAUAUACCAAUAGUAACGUGGACAUCACAUUUGCCAAAUUGUCUAUGUCAGAAGGCGAUGAACAAGAAUUCUAUUUCGAUGUUUUUCUAGCUUCUCUAACUAGGGGUGAAACAAAAUGA